AGGAUUGCAGUUGUGUUUUGGUCAAACUGUCAACAUUGAAAUCUUGACUUUACUCAGAGGUGAAGUGGGUGAACUUUUUAAAGUUGUCCAGACAUGGAAUUUAGAGAAAGAGCAGGUAUCAAAAUUAUUUUUUUGGUUGAACGUGUAAGCUGAGAAGUCUUGCAAAGUGAUUAGUUUUGCUGAAGAAAAUUACCAUCCUAAGCCUCCAACUAAAUGAAGCGGAAAAAUUUAACUCAGACACAACAAAACAAUACAGCCAGGCCCAUCAUAAGUUCCACCUGUAAUGUAUUCCAAAAAUUUGGAACCAAAUGCAUAUUAAGCAGCCUGAAGUUGAAGGAAAUGGUGAGCACCUUAAAUUACCUGAGCAGGAUGAACUGUUUUUUUACGAUUUCAUCUUGUGAAGAGAAUGAACUUCAAAGUCAGGGGUGAGCACGUGUUUCCUACGCCCCUACAUAUCCCUACCCCGGCCAAUUGCAAUAUUGAAAUAGUAAACACGCAUGACAAAACUUGCCGCACUAAAAGACUCUUAUCAUAUAUAUUCAUACUUUAAUAACAUACACAGUAGACAAAAUUAUCUACCGCUCGUGGAAUUAAGCAUUAGAAUUAUACAGUACAUCAUUUUGCUUUGUAGCCUAAGAACACAAAAUGAACAUGUUCUCACACUGGAUAUUCUUAUUUUAGAACAGAGACUUCACUAUACAAAUAAACAUUCCUUGAUAAUGAGUUAUUUGUGGAUUUCCAUGGUGAACAAUAAUAUAGAGUACAUUUUGUGUAUGUUUUGAGGUUGAAAACAUCACGAUCACGCGUAUUAAUACAUAUGACCAAGCUUUGAUCUAAGAUAUAAGUUAUGAUAAUGCUGCGCUCGAAACUUUGCUUACAGACAAGUAAUAGUUGUGCAAAGUUCUUAUCUAAACAUAACAACAAUUUAAAUAUUUAAGAAUUUAUGGUCAAAUAUUUAUCGUUUUGCAGAUGACCACACUCUUUUCGAAUAUCACCCAGAUACAGUCAAACUUGAGUAAGGAAAUAGACGAUUUGCGCAUGAGAGUAGAAAAGUGCGAGAUUCAGGGAAAUAAAAAUUCUGAAGAAAUAAAGCUUCUUGAGAAAAAAUGUACUACUGAACUUUCAAGAGUUUAUAUUAAGGAGGAGGAGAAAAUUCCCUAUGUCUUUACUGCACCCCCGCGCAAUCGUUACUUCGCUGGUCGAACUAAAGAAAUCCAGGAACUUAAACGCAUUUUGAAAGUUGAGGGAACGUCGAACGUUCGUGUUGCAGCAGUAUGUGGUUUGUGUGGAAUUGGUAAAACAAGCUUAGUUUCCGAGUAUGCUCAUCAAAUGAAGGAUUUCUACAAGGGAGGUGUUUAUUGGUUCUCAGCUGAAGAUGAUAAGAUUCUUGAGAAGACGAUGAACGACAUCGCAUUAAAACUUAAGGCAAUACUUGGUUCAUUUGAUUUGACUUUGUCAAAUACCAUGAGAAAUGUUGGCACUACAAAUGAUCCAAGUCUUAUUGUCCUCGACUGCUUAGAUGAACUGGACCUUUCGUCCAAUAUGAGGAGAUUUCUUUCCUUCCCUUCACAAGAAAAUUUCUUUGGACAUUUUGUUGUGUUAACUAGACGAAAUCCAAUCCGACUUUUUAAUGAAGUUUCAGUGUUUGAGGACGAUUCUUGUCUCCAACUGGAAUGUUUCCAACCUGCAGAUGCAAAGCAAUUUCUUUUUUCAAGAAGUAAAGUAGUUCGUGAUGAAAAUGUUGAAAAUGACGCAGAAUGCCUUUGUGACGAGCUGGGGAGGCUGCCACUUGCUUUGGAACAAGCAGGAGCUUAUAUUCAAAUACGCCGUUGCAAUUUUUCUACGUAUCUGAAGCAAUAUAAAACUGAGCGUUUGCGAUUGCUCAAGCGGCAACGAGCACGUGCUGCAGGUAACGACUCAUCAGAACGUCUCGCCGUUCACACGACAUGGCUUAUCAAUACAGAGUUUAUCAAGAAGAGCCCGGAUGGUCAAGCUGCUGUUCGAUUUAUGAAUGCUUGUUCAUUUCUCAAUGGAAAUGAGAUCGAAGAAGAAUUAAUCAACGUUGGGACACCCGAAGUGGAAGACGUCGAGUAUCGUAAAUGCGUGUUAUCGCCAUUGGGUUGCCGUGAGGUACUAAACCUGUUGUCUGACUUUUCACUUUUCACUUAUGUUGGAGGGCACUCUGUCUGCACCCAUCGUUUGGUUCAGGAACUAGUGUGGGAAAGUCUUACUCCUGAAUCGAAAGCAGAGAGUUUCAUUGAUGCUGUGCGGAUGCUUUCUUACGCAUUUUCUAAAUGUUUUUCACCCAGUAAUCUUGUAAAUUCAGACGAAAACAAUGGUGAAGAACAAAACAUUGCUAUCUGUGAUUUACCUAAAAGUCCUUCUCACUUCUAUAUGUGGUCUAAAUUUUGUAUGCAUGGUCAUCAUCUUUGUAGAAAUAUGGAGAAUCUGUUAGUAACUCUCGGCUCUGUUUGUCAAGACUCAGUGUGGUUUCCUGAAACAGCCAAAAUUCUUUACGAGUGUGCUGUUCACUUGAGUGCAAAUCACAAACAGGAAAAAGCAAAGCGCAUUUUAAACUUUGCUUAUCGUAUAUUGGACUGGUUUCCUUUAUUAGCAGGGUAUGAAACGGUUGCAGAGAAUGUUUCUAAUAAUUCAUUGUUUCCACUUUUUACUCCUUUACCAAAGUGUAUUCAGAUCGUAAUUAAACGAUGCUGUAUGCCUCCUUUUGUUUCACUUCAACGUCUGACUGAAAAACCUGGUGGUCUUGAUUUAGAUAAGUUGAAAGAGAGUAUUGAGAAAUUAAAGUUGGAUGGAAACAAGCGUUUCAAAGAUGGCCGCUACAAGGAAGCAUUAGAUGCCUAUUCCUCUGCAAUAGAUUUGGCUCAAGAGUGCAAUAACGCUUUCAAUCCCUUGUUGCUUACUAACCGUGCAUCAGUUUACAUAAAAUUAAAGCAAUAUGAAGAUGCUUUAAAAGAUGCGAAUAAUUACAUAACACGCCGCCCAGAUUGCUGGAAGGGCUAUGCUAGAAAAGCUCCGGCACUUGAUGGCUUGAAUGAAAAAGUCAGUGCUGAAAUAGCUGCUGCUUUAGCUUUUUAUCACAAUAGAGCUGUAUUCUCAGGUUUUCCACCGUUUAAAGAAUCUUUCUUUGAUUUGCAGAAACGCAUUUUUGUAUGCGAUACUGUAGAUCAACUGCAAAAAGCGAUUUUUUCGCACGAAGUAGAAACGGGUGUCUUAAAGAUUUUGGUUUUGGGAUCAGAAGAAUAUAUCUUAAAUUCUAAUACACUUGUCGAACCUUGGAACCACUGUAUUCUAGUUGGUACGAAAAAAAUUUGUUCUGUUUCUUUGAAAUCAGACAAUGUCAUUUCGUUGUCGAAGUGCAUGCUUACAAAUCUGUCAUUCCAUUUGAUUAACAGUCAGUUGGUAUGUCUUCUUGGUUCAUUCGUCAAGAUACUUAACUGUGACUUUACUUCUUAUCAUGGCGAUGAUAUAAUGCCUGUCGUAGCAACUAUGGGGGACUUGAGUGCAGAACAAUGUAAUUUUACGGGCAGCAAUGAUGCUGGACUGGAAUGUGUUGAACCAAGUAAUGCGGUUGUUGUUGACUGCUCCUUUUAUAAUAACGGGAAAUGUGGUGUAAGAGUGAGCCACAACGCAACGUUAAUUGUGAAAAACAGUCGCAUGUAAAACAAUGGUCGUGAUGGGUUACAUAUGUUAGGAAGCAAAACAUCGAAGUGUGUCGUGAUGAAUUGUGAUAUUGACCACAACGGUUAUUCAGGGAUUGGUAUGGUGCACUCGAAGAAUGUUACGCUGAUACGUAAUAGCCUUUUUGGGAAUGAAAUUGGAAUAUUCAUGUUCAAUUCUGAAGCAAGUAUCAGAGAAAACAAUAUUUUUGAUAACGAUCUUUGGGGAAUCUGGUCGCAGAGCAAUUCAUGGUGCAGUAUGUGGAUGAAUAAAGUUUUUCGCAACAAAGCUGGGGGAGUACGUGUCGGAUUUCGAGCCGCAGGGAAAGAGUUUCCUCCAUCUGUCUUCGAACUGAAUAAAAUUUGUGAUAAUAUUGGUCCAGGGUUUGUGGAGAAUGUAAACAGCUUUGAAGUCCAUCCAUGGGCGCUUGGAAAAAAUGAAAAUUUGAUGAAGUCUUAUUUCGAAUCUCCCAAUUCCCUUAAAUCUGCCAGAUUCCAGGAUAACGAAGAGCACAAUAACAAAGAAAAUGAAAAUGUUGGUAAGUUAAAUUUGUCCGUUCCAUAUUGCUCAAAUUGUCGUUUGGAGUGCACAUCGAAAAUUUGCAAAAAGUGCUUUACGACUGCGUAUUGCGGUAAAAAAUGCAAACGAAAUCAUCGAUCAAAGCAUGAUACAAUUUGCAAAGUUUUACGUGAGAAGUCAAGCUAUUUGAUCACAUCCAUGAAAAGAGUUGAAUACGAUAUUACGCAAGAAGUUGAAGGUUCAAAGGAAAUUGGUCCAAACGACAGCGUCCGCCGACCACGAAAGGGCAGAAGAUUUGAUGUCAAAGUACAUACUAGUAGUAUUAACAGAGGACGGAUCAUUCAGUCUCGUGCUGUGCGACCGCAGUCGUCAACUUCACGAGAGAUUUGA